AUGGAUCAGUCUCAGCAGUGUGUGGCCAUGUAUCUGCUGGUGCUCUCCCUCGGACUGCUAAUGGACAGGGGGAUUUGUCAGCACUACUACCUUCUCCGCCCCAUCCCGAGUGACAGUCUGCCGCUUGUGGAAUUAAAAGAGGACCCAGACCCCGUCUUCGACCCCAAGGAGCGGGACCUUAACGAGACCGAGCUGAAGAGCGUCCUGGGAGACUUUGACAGCCGCUAUUUGUCCGUUUUGCCGCCCGUGGAGGACAGAUACACCGGGAACGAUGAGCUCGAUGACUCUGAGAUCCAGAAGCCCGGUGGAGUACUGCCGAAGGAAAUCCGAGCGGUGGACUUCGACGUCCAGUUCGGCAAGAAGCAGAAGCCCAGUAAGAAACUGAAGCGGCGGCUGCAGCAGUGGCUGUGGGCGUACUCGUUCUGCCCGGUCGUGUACACGUGGACCGACCUGGGGAACAGGUUCUGGCCGCGAUUCGUGCGCGUGGGCAGCUGCCUCAGCAAAAGGUCGUGUUCGGUUCCGGAGGGGAUGGUGUGCAAACCUGCGAACUCGACCCACCUGACGAUACUGCGAUGGAGAUGCGUGCAGAGGAAGGGGGGGCUGAAGUGCGCGUGGAUACCGGUGCAGUACCCGAUCAUCACAGACUGCAAAUGCUCCUGUUCAAGUUAA